CAGUCUUCCGUCAGCCGCCAUGUCCCGCCAGAGCAGCCUCCUCAACUUUUUCCCCAAAUCUGCAGGGAAGGACGGUGGUGGCAGCAGCGGAGGCAGCAGAAGCCCCCCAAGCGACGCCGAGGGACCCCCGCGGGCCUCGAGUAGAGGCCAUGGCAGCACCCGGGGCAGGACGCGGGCGCCGCCGACGGAUUGUGACUGUGAAUAUUCGCCUGGUGACCUGGUUUGGGCCAAACUUGAAGGCUAUCCUUGGUGGCCAUGCCUCGUGUACAAGCACCCAACAGAAGGGAUACUUUUCAGGGGGAGAGGAAGAGCCUCUCGCAUCCAUGUGCAGUUUUUCGAUGAUGACCCAUCAAGGGGCUGGGUUAGCAUUCGAUACAUACGACCAUAUGCAGGUUCUACUGGCAGAGAUACUCAGAGGGGAGGUAUGUUUUACAGUUCAAAACCUGAGAUUAAAAGAGCAAUGGAAUUGGCAGAUGCUGCUUUGAGAAAAGAGAAAAGUGAGCGACUUGAUCUGGCAGUGUGCGACAAAGCUUCAGAAAGUGAGGAGGAGGAUGAAGAAGAGAUGGAGCAGGUGAGUGAUGAGGGUGAUGAUUUUGACACGACAGCGGAAGUGAAGAAAAGUAGAAAUAAAAGGACAGCUGGACAACAGAAACGUGAUGGGAAAACCAAAAGGCGGAAGGUUGUCAUAGAUUCAGAAAGUGAUAAUGAGGGUUCAGACAUGGAAUUUAAGCCGGACCAAGUCAGCAGCGAUGAAAAUAGUGUUGGAGGAGGUGACAGUGAGGCAUCUGAAUCUGAGGGUGGCCCAGGAAAGAAAGCAAAACAUCCCAUUAAAGUUCUUCCUAAACACUCUCCUAAAGAAAUGCCGGAAAAGGUAUAUAAACCUCUGCAGAACGAUAAUCUUCAAAACAAUUUCCCUCAAACUCCCAACAGAGAAAUGAAUCUUUCUUCUGAGAUCAUGUAUAAGUUAGCAUCUUUUGCAGCUCCUGAACAUUUUGAUUAUCGGGCAAGCAUUAAUGGAGGAGGAGGAGAUGCCAACCCAACUGUGUGGGAACAUGAUAAAAUUGAUUGGCUCCAAGAUGGUAAAAGGAGAGAUGGUCGUAGGAGACGACAAAAUGAUCCAGAUUAUGACCCAGGUACUCUUUUUGUACCGGAGGACUAUCUUAAAAACUGCUCCCCGGGAAUGCGGAAGUGGUGGGAGCUGAAGAGUCAGAACUUUGACUGCGUGGUUUUCUAUAAGGUUGGGAAGUUCUAUGAGUUGUACCACAUGGAUGCUGUUGUUGGGGUUAACAAGCUUGGAUUGGUAUUCAUGAAAGGCACUUGGGCUCACUCAGGUUUCCCAGAAAUAGCCUUUGACAGAUUCUCCAGUGUCCUAGUCCAGAAAGGUCAUAAAGUUGUCCGUGUUGAGCAGAUGGAGACUCCAGAGAUGAUGGAAGCCCGCUGUAAAUCCUUGGUUCACCCAACAAAAUUUGACAGAGUCGUGCGCCGAGAAGUAUGCAGGAUAAUUUCAAAAGGGACACAAACCUAUAGCAUUCUGGAUAGUGACUGUUUGGAAACCCAUAACAGAUACCUGCUUUGUGUGAAAGAGAAAGUUGAUGAUUCUGCUGGCCUCCAUCGUACCUAUGGGGUAUGCUUUGUUGAUACAACAGUGGGGAAGUUCUAUCUGGGUCAAUUCUUGGAUGACCGUCAUUGUUCAAGGUUUAGAACACUUUUGGCACAUUAUACUCCUGUGCAGAUCCUUUUUGAGCGAGGGAACCCCUCUGCAGAAACACAAAAGAUACUCAAAGCCUUGCUGUCCUCUACCAUGCAAGAAAGUUUGUCCGCUGGCUCUCAGUUCUGGAAUGCAACUAAAACACUGAAAACUCUCAUUGAAGAAGGCUACUUCCAGGGCCAGGAAAAUGCAAGUAAUAGACUUAUUCUGCCUCCUGUAAUCAGAUCCAUGACUGCAGAAAGUGAUUCAUUGGGACUUACUCCUGGAGAAAAUUGUGAGCUUGCUCUCUCUGCUCUUGGUAGUUGUGUCUUCUAUCUUAAGAAAUGUAUUAUUGACCAGGAACUUUUUUCAAUGGCAAAAUUUGAAGAAUACAUUCCUGUGGAUGUUGAUAUUGCAAAAGGAAUGAAGUCAAGUAGUAUCUUUGCUAAAACAAGCCAGAGGAUGGUGCUGGAUGGGGUGACUCUGGCAAACCUGGAAAUACUGCAGAAUGGAACUACUGGCUCAGUAGAAGGCACUUUGCUAGAACAAAUUGACACUUGUUGUACAGCCUUUGGAAGAAGACUCCUGAAACAAUGGCUCUGUGCACCAUUGUGUAAUCCUUGCAGUAUCAAUGACCGCUUGGAUGCAGUAGAAGAUCUCCUAGCUGAAGCUGCCAAAAUGUCUGAAAUUCGUGACCUUCUUAGAAAACUCCCAGACCUUGAAAGACUUUUGAGUAAAAUUCACAGUAUUGGAUCUUCACUUAAGAACAAGAACCACCCAGACAACAGAGCUUUUUUGUAUGAGGAGGCCAGAUAUAGCAAGAAGAAGAUCAUAGACUUCUUGUCUGCAUUAGAAGGAUUUAAAGUUGUAGUUGAAGUUAUCUCAAUUUUGGAAGAUAUUGUUGAUGAUUUUACAUCCAAAACACUAAAACAGAUAGUGACAGUCAAAUCUAAAAAUCCAGCAGGCUGUUUCCCAGACUUGAAAGCAGAACUUGAAAGGUGGGAUGCGGCCUUUGAUCAUAGCAUUGCGCGGAAGACAGGUGUGGUUAAUCCCAAAACUGGGUUUGACUCUGAUUAUGAUAAAGCACUAGAGGAUAUAAGUGUUGUUGAGGAGCAACUUCGUCAGUAUUUGGAAACACAACGCAAACAGCUUGGUGUCAGAGCCAUGAUGUAUUGGGGAGCAGGCAAAAACCGUUACCAAAUGGAGAUUUCAGAGACUGCAGUGCCUCGGGACUUGCCUGACGAAUAUGUGUUGAAAUCCAGUAGAAAGGGCUAUAAGCGGUACUGGACCAAAGAUAUAGAGAAGAUGCUGAAUGAUAUUGUCAAUGCUGAAGAGCGGAGGGAUACAGCACAGAAAAGCUGUAUGAAAAGGUUGUUCUACGACUUCGAUAAGAACGGCAAAGACUGGCAAACGGCAGUAGAAUGCAUUGCAGUUCUAGAUGUCCUACUCUGCCUUGCACAUUAUAGUCAGGGAUGCGAUGGUCCAUUGUGCCGACCUGUGCUCUUGCUGCCCGAGAACAACGCCGCACCUUUUCUUGAGCUGAAACGUUCACGCCACCCAUGCAUUACGAAAACGUUCUUCGGAGAUGACUUCAUCCCUAACGAUAUACUUAUAGGUGUAGAGGAUGAAGACGGAGACUCUGAGAAUAAAGCUUGCUUAGUUCUAGUGACUGGCCCAAACAUGGGAGGCAAGUCUACGCUCAUGAGACAGGCUGGCCUCUUGGUAAUAAUGGCCCAGUUGGGAUGCUUUGUACCUGCUGAAACUUGCAGGCUUACGCCUGCUGAUCGGGUCUUCACCAGACUAGGGGCUUCAGAUAGAAUUAUGUCAGGGGAGAGUACAUUCUUCGUUGAGCUGAGUGAGACUUCAAGUAUAUUACAGCAUGCGACAGAGUAUUCCCUUGUUCUUAUGGAUGAACUAGGUAGAGGCACAGCUACAUUUGAUGGAACUGCUAUUGCUAGUGCAGUUGUCAAAGAACUUUCAGAGAGUAUUAAAUGUCGCACUAUGUUUUCAACACAUUACCAUUCUUUGGUAGAAGAUUUUUCUCAUAGCCCCUCUGUGCAGUUGGGGCACAUGGCUUGUAUGGUGGAAAAUGAAAGUGAGGAUCCUAGCCAAGAAACCAUCACGUUCCUCUACAAAUUCAUUCAAGGGGCUUGCCCUAAAAGCUACGGCUUUAAUGCCGCAAGGCUUGCUAACAUUCCAGAAGAAGUUAUUCAGAAAGGUCACAAAAAGGCAAGAGAGUUUGAGACAACUACUCUCUCACUGAAAGUGUUUAGGAACCUUUGCCGGAUAGCUGAAGGAGCACCAGCAGUCAGAGAUGAUCUCAACAAACUAACUAUGCUUCUUGGUUGAGACCCUGUAUAGUUUUUACAGCAGUUUUCAAAGGCAGUAUGCAAACAACACAAUGAUCUAAUAAACUUUAUUUUUUAAAAAUGA